GUAGAUCACCAGGUCUACCUGGAUACUAACUGGCCAACCUAAAAUGACCUUGAAGUGUUCAGAUGGAGAGCAAAAACAGUUGUACAUUUAAAAUAAGCAACCAUGACCGUAUGACAUCUCUGAGAGGCCGUGUUAGCCCCAAACAUGACGGCUCAACACUUCAUGAUGUCUAGGUACAUCAUAAAUCAUCCUAAAUAAAUAUUAAAAUCGACCUCAGUUUGUGGUGAAUGUAAACCUUCUUAAGAACUUAUAAUUGCUUAUAUCUUUCCUACAACUGACAAAAAUCUUAAAAUGACAAACAUAUAAAUCAUAGUUAAUGUGCUCUUUUAAAUGAUAGCACAGAAUACAAUCCAGAACACUCAGAAAAAAGAUGUAUCCAAGACCAGUUGCUGAUACUGCAGUAUUGAUCUGGUAUUAUGCAAGCUGUUCAUGAUAGUGUCAAAUCCAAGAAACCCAUCAAAACCUCUUGAAAAUUUUGAUCAAUAUGCUUUUAUGGCUGCAUAAAAGUAGAAUUAGAUGCUCACGCUCAGAUUUUUGGGUUGGUUACGACCACUUUCUUACCUAGAAGGUCUCUCAUGAUUUCAUAUCUUUGUGUUUUUCUUUUUCUGCUUUGCUGGGUUCUUCUCACAAGUGUCCCAUUCUGUUUCUCCACCUAUCUUGUUUGCUGCUUUCUUUCUUACUUAACAUUGUACGACCUCAUACACUGUCAUGUGUGACCUCUGUAUAAUUUUUUUCUCAUCUUUUAAAAGUUCAGAAUAAGACUAAUUUCUAACCUAAGUUUUGGCAAAGAUGCAGUAUGUCCAUGAUGUGUUCAAGAUGUUUGCUGUUUGAUGUUUUUCUUCUUUAACUAAACCUAAUUGGUGAACGGCACAGGUAGGAUCCCAUUUGUGAAAGGUUGCAUUUUCAAAAUUGUGCAGUUUGGUGUGGAAACUGAAAACUUGCCACCUCUGAAUAAUUUAGUAUGUAUGCUUACUUGUACAUAUACUUGUAUAUGUUUGUUUUCAGUACACAGGUUAAAUUCUGCUCUCAGCCAGUAUCAACACGGGCAGCCCACAUCAUCUCAGGUUGAGGAGGCACGGCGGGCCGAGUCUCCUGCGCCCUGGAUCUCAGACAGAAGUAUAAUGGCUCCUCUGAUAGCAGAGUAUGAUCGGCACAUGGAUGAAAUGACUGAGCAGCUGCAGAGAUACCAGGCGAUGAUGGCAGAUGUCAAAGUGAAGUUGGAGAGGGUUGUCAAGGAGAACGAAAGGCUGCAUGCGGAGCUGAGGGAGUCUGUUGAGAAGCAAUUGCAUGCUCUGCCUGUGGGUUCAGGAGUGGAGGGCAGCACACUGGAGGAGGAAGCAGUCAUCAAAAACCUCCAAGAACAGGUCCAGCUGUCUGAACAGGAGCGGGCGCAGGCCAUGGAGCUGUGGCAGACGGCAGCCCAGGAGCUGGACCGCCUCCAGCAGGUCUACCAGAAAACCAUCUCUGACGGACAGAUCCACGAUGCUCAGAGACAGCAGCUCAAGGAUCAGCUUGUUCAGUUCCAGCAGCACUCACACAAACUUCAAGUAGCCAAUCAGAACCUGGAAUCGACUAACCAGCAGUUCCUGAAGACAGUGACAGAGCAGAGCACAGAGAUGGAGGAGCUCCACAGCCAGCUCAGGCAAGCCAAGGCUGAACUGAGGACAGCCACAGCCAAAGUGGAUGAGAUGACCAAAUUGGUGCAGAAUGUCCAGGAUCAGAUGCACAGACGGGAGGAGCAUGCUGCAGAGGCUCAGAGCCGAGAGGAAGCGGCAGACAGACGGCUCCAACAGCUACAGACGGCCUUGAGCCAGCUAGAGGCCAGACUGAAGGCCUCAUCUCAGGAGGCAGAGUCCUUUCGCAGAGAGCAAACUGUGUGGGAGAGAAAGUUGGGGGAACUCCAAUCACGUUGCACCACCUUAGAAGAAGAGAAGUAUGAGGCCCUGGCCAAAGUCAGAGAGAGCGUUCAGGUCGCCGAGGAGGCUACACUGCAGAAGGACCAGGCCUUGUUAAGAGAGAAACAGAGGUUGGAAGAGCUAGAGAAGACAAAGGAGGCCAUCAAACAGCUGAUCCAGGACGCUGCAGUCCGCACCAGAAAAGAGGUGGAAAAUGUACGCAAGCAGUGCAACGUUCAAAUCCACCGUAUGGCCGAGGAGCUGUCUGCGCUGCAGCUGGAGUGUGCAGAUAAAGAGUCUCAGAUUGAAAGGUCCCUGCGAGAGAGAAAAGCUGCAGAGGAGGAACUGGAGAAGUUGUAUAAGGAAGGCAGGGCAGAGCCAGAGUUCAGGAAGAUUGAUGCCCUUCAUCAGAGGUGUCUGAAUGCAGAGAGAAUGAAGGAAGACAUGAGCCUCACGCUACAAAGCACCCAGAACAAACUAAAAAAAAUGGACAUGGACUACAGUGAGGAGCUGUCCCGGUGCCAGGAGGAGGUGCGGCGGCUGCAGGGCUGUCUGGCUGAAGCUCGGGACGACUGCGUUAGUGUCAGUGAGGAGCGGCUCCAUCUGCAACAGGAGAACUUGCAGCUCCGCAGGGAGAUGGAUGAGCUGCGCAAGGCCACCCUGCUGGUCCAGAAGAAGGCCAAACAACAGGUGUCACAGAUGGAGCAGGAGUACAGCCUGAAGGAGCAGGGACUCGACGCACGGGUGAGGGAGCUGGAGGAGAGCAGCCGAAGCUCCAAUGCUGAUCUGACACGUCUCCUUACAGCACAGCAGAAGAGCACCCAGCGCUGGAAGGAAGAGGCCAAGAACCUGGUCCAGGCCUUCGAGACUAAAAUCAAAGACCUCAAGGCAGAACUGAAUCGGCAGAAGCAGCGUUCACACGAGCUAGAGAUGCAGCUUGAAACUGACCAUAGUACCAUUGCUGAGUAUGAGAGGCAGCUUGCAGAGUAUCAAGAGAAGACGAGUCGUCUCCAGAGACGACUGACACAAGCUGAACAAAGGGCAACUACUGCUACACAACAGUUGAAUAUACUGGCAUCGCAGAAAAGGAAAACAGCCACAGUUGAUCCAGACACUGUAUAAUGGUUACUUGUCACUGUGAUAUAGGAAAAAUCGUGUAGCACUUUGUUCUUUUUGUCAGUUUGAUAUCAGCAUUUUGGCCAAAGGCAUUUGAGAGCAAUGUUCUUGUCAAUGAUCAAGUGAUUUAAUGGCAGCAACAUGUUUCAAUUUUAUACACUAAUGUUGCUCCAAAAAUUCUCUGGUGAAUUUUACUUGUCAGGAUGAAAAGAUGUGUGAUGUAUUGUGUAAAAUUAACUUUUUUAUAAUAAUAAUAUUAAUAAUAAUAAUAAACACAUUCAAAAUGCA